AUGGACGCAUUAAAUAGUGAACGAAACGAACCGGUGUUAUCGAAAUCCACAAAACGGAAUUUACGAAGGAAGGAGCAACGACGCAUAAAGAAAGCAAGGCUUGCGGGACCCACUAACCAAUCAAUUGACGAAGGACCCACCACACCCAAUUCUGAUGAUGAGCAAGGCAUCGCACCCGAUUCUAACAAUGGCCAAGACAACCAAGCGGAAGACGAAAAAACCGAAAUAUUUUAUAAUCCGGAGAAAUCUAAACAAUUCGCCAGUAAUAUGAUAGAACAUUUUUGCAGUUUCACCGAUAGCAACAACGAACCCUACACUACUGCCAAUACUGCGUCUAACCAUUGCCAAGAACAUCUCGCGUGCAUUCAGGAACUAAUUCAAGGGCUCCAACCACUCUCAGAUAUAGUCAAUAAUUAUUUUCAUAAUACCUAUCCAACCCUACAUACCAAAAUGAAAAAUCUCAAUCUCGGGCCAAACGUUCCUAAAUCAUUCGGUGCUUUUCCUACUAUUGGUAUCAACUUUAACGUCAUCUGCCAGUUUCAUCGGGACUUGAAAGAUCAUCGAAAUACGCUUUGUGUGGUGUGUCCUCUUGGGAAUUUUGAAGGAGGGGAAUUGGUAUUUCCAGAAUUAAAAUUAAUCGUCCAUGUUAAGCAAGGUCAAGCGGUGGCUUUUCGAUCAAACCUCCUGGUUCAUGGAAAUCUGCCAGUCGUUGCCGGAGUUCGCCACAGCAUCGUUUUUUAUAUCCACAGUACGUUGAUUAAACAAAAACGAAAGUUUGGUUCUCUUUUCGCUGAUUAUGAGUUGGAUUGGGGUAACAAUAAUGAUGAUAAGCCAUCACAAGAAUAUCUUCCUCCAACGCUAGGUUCUGGAAAUAACGAUGUGAAGCUAAAAAAUCAUAGAAGAACAAAUAUAGAUUUGGAACGCGCAAAAAAAGGUUUACCAGCACGGUAUAAGAAAUAA